UCUCAUGCCUUUUACAUAUCACUCGGAAAUACAAGAAGAGCAACAUAACUGGAGUGCCCUUCAGGGAUUGCCGUGUGCAUCUGUAAGCAGUAGUGGUUUUGAGCACUUUGGUUACCUCUCAUACACGAACUUGUGGUGACUCUUUUCAUGUGUGUUACAGCUUUUGGAAAUGUGACAGUUUAACAUUAAAAUAUUUCCCAAGACAGAAAAGGCUAAUGAAGACAUUGCCUCGAGCAAUAUUUGUACCUACACUCUGAAAGCUCAACCUGUCAACAGGCUGAUGAAAACACACACCUCUUUCUUUACUUUGGGAGGAGUCUGCAAGGCGGUUUACAUCCAUUGAGCUUCAUACAUAUGCUUAGUUCGCGAGUGGAAACGGUCACAGCAGCCCCUUUUACCGGCUGAGGCGAACACUUGCUAGGAUGCACUGCCAUCAGGACUUGGUCAGCUUUCUCGGCUGUGGACUCAUUCUGGCAGGAGUUUGGCACCUGGUUUAUCACAAGAAGUCGCAGAGCUCCUAUGGACGCUACAUGGCACAAUCUCCUCCUGCUAGAACGGUUCCUGCUAGACUAGCCUGGUUCCUUCAGGAGAUGCCCGCUUUCAUCAUCCCUCUACUUUUAAUACUCACCACGCACAAAUCCACAAUUAUGGGGAAGUACAUGCUGCUAGGGACCUUUUGCGUGCACUACUUUCAAAGAACAUUUGUGUACUCGCUAUUGAUGAGAGGAAAGCCUUUCCCGCUGAGUGUGAUGGUGGCAGCGGGUUUGUUCUGCUCUCUAAAUGGUUUCCUGCAAGGACACUACCUGCUGCAUUGUGCCCAGUUUGAUGAUGAGUGGUUUACGGGUUAUUGCUUUAAAAUUGGUUUACUGCUGUUUUACAUCGGCAUGACCAUUAAUAUUCACAGCGACUUUAUUCUACACAACUUGAGGAAACCAAAGGAAGUAAUAUACAAGAUUCCUACUGGAGGUCUGUUUGAAUAUGUGUCUGGUGCCAACUACUUAGGGGAGAUUGUGGAGUGGUUUGGGUACGCUGUAGCCACCUGGUCUUUUCCAGCACUUUCAUUCGCUCUGUUCACCCUCUGCUUCAUUGGACCAAGAGCCUACUACCAUCACAGGUUUUAUCUUGAGAAAUUCAAAGACUAUCCCAAGUUUCGAAAGGCUUUAGUUCCAUUUAUCUUCUGAGGGAAAACGUUCAUGUAUUGCAAAAAACUGUUUACUGUGGUCUAUAACAUGUUAUACAACAUUGUUAUUAGUGAGGCCUUAACGUUGAAUAGUCUAGUUAGCUUGGUUUAGUUAGUGUUUGUAUUUAAAAAGGUGCUGAGGUGAAGUGUAUCAAUAGUAUUUGCAGCUUGUGAAAUUUAUGCAUGAUGUAUUAAUAAAUGUAUUUGUCUCGUUUAUUACUGAUACUCAUACAACCGAGUUUCCAAAAGUCAGGAAUGCUGUUUAAAAUUAAAUCAAAUGUAAGAAUCCACUGAUUACCAAUUUUACCAAUCUUGUUUCAAAGCUGCUGGUGCCAUCAUUUUGGGGAAAAUGUCACAGCUUUUGUAAUUUUGUCUCUGUAGACCAUCACAGUGGGAUUAAAACUAAACAAAAAAGAUGAACUUUUAGUUUCAAAUGGUCUUACAGCAAUAGGACCAUAGCCCACCAUUUUCAGUUGUUGUGAAAGUAAUUGGAAACUGAACUGACAGCCAGUUUCAGUUGGCCAGGUGAGACCAGUUCUGUCAUUAUUCUGUGACAAAUGAGACAGAUAAAAGAUUUGGAGUCCAUCCAGUUGUUGAACUUGACAUUGGAACUUAACAUGAGGUCUAAAGACAUGUUGAUGCAAGUGAGGCCAUCAUUACCCUGAUAUAAAAAAAGAAAGUAUAAAUUAAAAACAAACCUCUCUGUUUAAGAAUGUACCAGCAAAAUGAAAAAGCCCACAGAAGGCAAUUACAGUAUGUGAUGGCAAAUUCCUUCUUUGAUUAAGAAAAACAACUUCUCCACCAGUGGAAAUGUGCCACUAGUAUUUAAUGAUGAUGUGACUGCUGACAGAAGUAGCAGGAUGAAUUGUGAAGCGUACAGGCCAGUACCCUCUGCUCCAACUCAGCCAGAUGUUGCAAAACUGAUAGGAGACCCGUUCGCAGUGCAAAUGGAAAAUAACCCAAAGGCUACUGCCAAAGAAAGACGAGUUUCUCAAGGCAAAGACAUGGGAUAUUCUUCAAUGGGCGAGCCAGUGACUUGAUCUCAACCCAACAAAGUGUGCUUUUCAGUUACUGAAGACAAGACUGAAGGCAGAAAGUCCCACAAACAAGCAGGAACUGGCUUCCCUGAAGGCCUGGCAGACUAGUGAUGUUACCUAAUACUGUUUGUGAGCCACAGUUCAAAUUCAAAGACUAUCCCAACUUUCAAAAGGCUUUGUCCAUAGGCUCUAGACUUCAAGCAGUCAAUGACUACACUGGCUACAAAGAAUUUUCAUUCAAGUUUUAAAAACAAUCUUUAUAAUUACAAUUUUAUAUAAGUAUAUAUAACCUCUUGAACUAAAGCUGAAAAUAUGCACAUCUGUCACAUUUGAUUUAAAAUCUACUUUGUUGGUUUACAGAGGCAGCAUUACAAAAACUAAUGGACC